CGCUCCGCGCCUGCGCAGUGCCGCGGGCCGGCGCUCAGCUGGGCAGUGUUUACAGCCCGAGCGCGCCGGCCUGGGCUGCGCCGAGACAAGCCAAAAGGAGACGAGUGAAACCGAACCGAACCGAAACGGGCCGAAGCUAACGGAGCCGAGCCGAGCCCAACCGAACCGAACCGAACUGAACUGAAGCAAGACAAGCCUAGCCGAACGGAGCCGAACCGAAUCGAACGUUGCCGAACGGAGACGAACCGAAUUGAACCUAGCCGAACGGAGCCGAACCGAAUCGAACCUAGCCGAACGGAGCCGAGGCACCGUUGAGUGUUUCUAGGAGGCUGCUGAAGAUGGGAGGCGCAGUGAGUGCGGGAGAAGAUAACGACGAAUUAAUCGAUAACCUGAAGGAGGCCCAGUACAUCAGGACAGAGCUGGUGGAACAGGCAUUUCGAGCCAUUGAUCGGGCAGAUUACUACCUGGAAGAGUUCAAAGACAAUGCCUACAAGGACUUGGCAUGGAAGCAUGGAAAUAUUCAUCUCUCAGCACCGUGCAUUUACUCAGAGGUGAUGGAAGCUUUGGACCUGCAACCAGGGCUGUCRUUUCUGAACCUUGGCAGUGGCACUGGUUAUCUGAGUUCCAUGGUUGGACUCAUUCUGGGUCCCUUUGGUGUGAACCACGGUGUGGAGCUUCACUCUGACGUGAUCGAGUACGCGAAGCAGAAAUUGGACUUUUUCAUUAAAACAAGCGACAGCUUUGACAAAUUUGAAUUUUGUGAGCCAUCCUUUGUCACUGGCAAUUGCUUAGAGAUUUCUCCAGACUGCACUCAGUAUGACCGUGUUUACUGUGGUGCUGGAGUCCAGAAAGAGCAUGAGGACUACAUGAAGAACCUCUUGAAAGUUGGAGGAAUUCUUGUCAUGCCUCUAGAGGAGAAGUUGACUAAGAUAACCCGGACUGGUCCUUCUGCCUUUGAGACGAAGAAGAUUCUUGCUGUUUCUUUUGCUCCUUUGAUUCAGCCAAACCACGCAGAUUCAGGAAAAUCAAGGCUUGUUCACUUGCCCCCCGUGGCCGUUCGCAGCCUGCAGGACCUGGCUCGCAUYGCCAUCCGAGGCACCAUCAAGAAAAUCAUCCACCAGGAAGCCAUGAGCAAAACGGGCAAYGGGCUGAAGAACCCGCCCCGCUUCAAGCGGAGGCGCGUGCGGCGCCGGCGCAUGGAGACCAUCGUGUUCCUGGACAAGGAGGUGUUYGCCAGCCGCAUCUCCAACCCCUCAGAUGACAACAACAACAGCGACGACAUCGACGACGAGAGGCCAGAGGAGGAGGAGACCAAACCUUCUGAACUAAAGCCAGACCCUCCCGUAAACUUUUUGAGAGAAAAGGUCUUGAGCCUGCCUUUGCCCGAUCCCUUGAAGUAUUACUUGCUUUAUUACAGGGAAAAGUAGUUUUCCCUCUAGAAAGUGAGAAGUAGGCAGAGAAUAAAGUAUUCCUUAGGGCUUGACAAACGUGUCCCACUUGCUUGCCUGCGAAUGUGACACCCAAGGCAGUAGGCUGGCUGGGGAAUGUGGCUGCUGUAMACUUUGACAUUAUAGCUUUUUUGAGUUCCUUCUUUCUUCUCACUYGUGUGCUAUAGUUUUAUCCUACAGCAGGGAUUCCUUAGGAAGCAAGUUGGUGAAGUGUUCAGCUGUUUAUGGAAAGGAGGAUUUAAUUCCCUGGAAACUAACUGCAGGAGAUGUUCUAAAAAUCUCAUGGCUGCUCUACCGAAUAUCAGUUCUGAAAAUCUCCUAAGCAGUUCCCCAAAGAUCUUUCCUGUCCAUGCUCUCUCCCACUAAGYCUGCCAUGUGUUUGCCAUGGUGUGUGUUUAAUGGAGGAUGAAGAUUAUUAAGUUAAAACCUGACCUGGCAAAUCUUGUUUCUUCCAGUAAUCUGAAAAAGCACAACUUUUACAGAAWGGAAAGAAUUUGGCAUUACCCUUGUGGCAUCCAGAUUUUGAAUGAGACGGAAAGCAUCAGCUCCCCUUUGGUUGGUCUGUUUUGCUUUUAAACAAUAUAUAAUUUUUCAGUAAAAAGUGUUUUACAAAAUGCUGGUUUUCUGAAAGGAAAACGCCUGUUUCAAUGAACGAGUUGUUGGGGGUUUUGUGGUUUUUCUUUUUUUAAAGCAAUGGAGGCAAGUGAGAAAUUGCAAAGCUGUUUAGCUUUGGCAGGAUGCAAGGGUAGUCAUGGUUGGGACUUUUGCCUCUAGAAAUGUUUACAGAGUAAUUCUAUGUGGGGAAAAAGGUAGAGAAGAGCUGCAGUGAAAAAUGUGAAUGCAGAACCUGUGGCUUUUACUGUUGUGUGAGAUAAUUCAGAUCAUCAGCCGAACAGGGUGAGGUGCAGAGCACCAGCCUGAGCAGUAAAUCAGCCAAAUAAAGUUUUGUGGUGGAUCUGCAGAACCUGAAAACAGUCUAGAAAGCCAAAUUAGUGCAAUUCUUAGGUGUUCUUCUGUGUGUGCCCCUGCUGUGGCAAGGUGGCCAGAAUACAACUUGUGCACAAGUGUUCCACAGUGGAAUGCAGUUGCUUGGCUUGGUAGGUGAUUUUGUUCCUGCAGCAAAGAAGUAGAAAUUUCAACAGGCUCAUAUGGAAGGACUUGACACUCCGUGGUUCUCUGGAUAUGAGCUGUAAUUUUUAUUCCUGAGUCUUUCUGUCAUUGUGAUAGAAGGAAGUGCCAUGGAAUCAUAGAAUUACAGCWUGAUCUGGGUUGGAAGGGACCUUAAAGACCAUCUCAUUCCACUCCUCUUCCAUGGGCAGGGGUACCUUCCACUAGGCCAGGUUGCUCCCAGCCACAUCCAGCCUGGCCUUGAGCAGUUCCRGGAAUGGGGAGUYCACAAUGUCUAUGGAUGAUAAAAUACCAUGUUUAGAAGAGGUUUACUUUAGCCUGUUUGAAAAAUCUAUCUUAACUGGUAAAGGCUGGGAAGAAAUCCUGGAGUUUGUGUUGUGAAAUACUCCUAAAGCUGGGGGUGGUGAAAGGCUCUCUCUCAGUAGGUAGUGAAGCCGUGUUAAGGCAUUGCCCCAUCAGAAGCACUUAAGUUGGUGUCACUUUGAUAUAUUUUGAUUUUUUUAAUGUGUGCUGUCUCCUAAUUUUCUGAGGAGGGAUGAGUGAAGACUGUUGCCAAAUGGUCCUGAGUUGCACAAYUUGCUUCAUGAAAAUAGUUUCAAAGUUCUGUGUAGCUUUGAAAAUAAAUGAAUAACUUACAUGUCUAAGCCUGAAGUGGAGAACUUUUCCUUGCUUAACAGGAUUUUUGUGCAUCUUUCAGAAUAUUGUCUGAUAUUCCUGUAUCCUGUGGCUGUUGACACAUAACACAGUCAUGGGCUGGGUUUUGCCUCCKGUUUCCUGUCUCCACUUCUAGUCUAAAUGGUAUGCCAGGUUAUUCUUGCUCCCUUGGAUUUUGUUUUCUUUGUUUGCAGUGGGGCAGUUSUGUGGCCACUGAGCUGAUGGUUUCCUGUAAAGGUGCAUGUCCCCAUCGUGUAAUUGUGGCAACUCAUGUGAAUUUCUUUCUACAAAUGAAAGUCCUGAAUAUGGUGAUGAAUAGAGGCUUAAUGGAAUCUCUGUGUCUUUAUUCUCAGUGCUUCCCUACAGGCUGUGGCCUCUUAUUUGUGGGAAAAUUCUUAAGAGGUGUCAUGCCAGGUAUGUGCCUUUCUGGAUUGUGGCACAAUUUCCACACCCCUCCAUAGUACAGGGUGCCUCCUGCUUUUGGCUACCAGGUUAUUCUUCAGUUUAAUCACAACACUUUUAAAGCAGUUCCUUCAAAAAUUCCGUUAAACUUCAGGUUCCUGUUGAUAAGCCUUGCAGAGAUUCUGUUAAAGCUGACCAGUUGAAGGAGGAUUAUCUUUUAUUUAUCCCUUGUUUGAUUUUUAUCCCCAUCCCAGCCCCAGUUGUAAAAGGUAUUUUAUCAGAUUUUUCACCAGAUUUGCCUUUUUUAUUACAUUUGCUAGAUUUUUGUAGCUUUCUAUAAGAUGCAUAAAUACUGCUAUUUUUUCCUGGAUWAGGUUGAAUAAAUAAAUAUAUAUAUACUGGAAA